ACCAAACUUUUCUCUCUCUCCCUUUCCCUCUCACACACACAAAUCAAGGCUGUAGCCUGUACUAAACCUUUUGAAGGUGCAGUAAACACUAUGGAGGCCGAUUUAAAGCCAACAACAGCAAAGAUUGCUGAAGAAAGCAGUCUUGAUUGGAGAGGAAGGCCUUCCAACCCCCUCAAGCAUGGAGGCAUGAGAGCUGCUGCCUUUGUUCUAGGGCUUCAAGGAUUUGAGAUAAUGGCUAUAGCUGCAGUUGGGAAUAAUCUGAUAACCUAUGUCAUCAACGAGAUGCACUUUUCCCUCUCCAAAUCUGCAAACACAGUCACUAACUUUAUUGGAACUAUCUUCCUCCUCUCUCUCCUCGGUGGCUACCUUUCCGACUCUUUUCUCGGCUGCUUUUGGACCAUCCUCAUCUUUGCCUUCCUCGAACUUUCGGGUUUGAUCUUGCUAUCGGUGCAAGCCCAUCUGCCCCAACUGAAGCCACCGCAGUGCGACAUGCUAAACGAGAGCACGCAGUGUGAGGAGGCCAAAGGGUUCCAAGCCCUAAUAUUUUUUGUGGCUCUCUAUUUGGUGGCGUUAGGGAGUGGAUGCCUUAAGCCUAACAUGAUAACUCAUGGGGCUGACCAGUUCAACCAAAGGGAUGAAAAGCAAUCCAAGAAACUAUCAUCCUACUUCAAUGCUGCCUACUUUGCCUUCUCAGUGGGCGAACUCAUAGCCUUGACCCUCCUUGUCUACGUCCAGACCCACUCGGGCAUGGACGUAGGGUUUGGGGUCUCGGCAGCCGUCAUGGCCAUGGGGAUCAUCACUAUGAUCUCCGGCACGUUUUUCUACCGGAACAAGCCUCCUCAGGGAAGCGUCUUCACCCCUAUUGUACAGGUGAUUGUGGCUGCAACUUUGAAGAGAAAGCAAGUGUGCCAAUCUGAUCAGGGCAGCCACUCCAUGGAGCCUAGUACUGACAAGCCCAUUUCCGACAGUGUUCCCAAUAGUCAACUGAGCCAAAGAUUCAGAUUCUUGAAUAAGGCCUGCAUCAAGAAUGAGGAAGAAAGCGGAUGGAGAGUGUGCAGGUGGGAGAAAGUGGAACAAGUAAAAAUCCUAAUCUCAAUAACACCAAUCUUCCUGUGCACAAUCAUGUUCAACACCAUCCUCGCCCAGCUCCAGACCUUCUCCGUCCAGCAAGCCUCCUCCAUGAACACCCGCCUCAUUCAAUCCUUGGACUUCCACAUCCCGCCCGCCUCCCUCCAAUCCAUCCCGUACCUCCUCCUCCUCCUCCUCGUCCCCCUCUACGACUCCCUCUCCCUCUCCUCCCCCCUCCCCCGCAUCGCCGCCGGCCUCCUCCUCUCCACCUUCUCCAUGAUCUCCGCCGCCCUCGUCGAGCACAAGCGACGCAACACCACUUCCCUCCUCUCUGUGUGGUGGCUGGCGCCGCAGUUUGUGAUAUUCGGGGUGUCGGAGAUGCUGACGGCGGUGGGGCUGCUGGAGUUCUUCUACAAGCAGCCGCUGCCGGCGGGGGGGAUGCGGGCCUCGUUGACGGCGAUUACUUACUGUUCUUACUCGUUCGGGUUUUUUCUGAGCUCGGUGCUGGUGUCGCUUGUGGAUAGAGUGACGGCGUCGGCGUCGGCGGUGGGAGUGGGGUGGCUCACGGAUAAUAAUCUUGAUAAUGAUCGCUUGGAUCUGUUUUAUUGGCUGCUUGCGCUGCUUAGUUUUCUUAAUUUUCUUAAUUAUUUGUUUUGGUCGAAUUGGUAUUCCGUUGGCUUCAAACGUGGAGGGAGUGGCGAUAUUAACGUUGUAUGAAUUUCAGUUUAUCGGAAUAAAUAUUGUAGAUAUAUGUCAUAUAUUGGUUUUUAUUUAA